GGCCGGCAACGCACGCGCCUGUCUUCCCUGUCACCGGCGGGCACAGAAUCACCUCCUCCUCCUUCAUCGUAUCCAUGGUGCCAGAUCUCAGUCUCUCCGUGGAGCCGCUGGCUCACCGUCACUACCACCCCGCAGGACGAGGGUCACUGGGGUUCCGGGGAGUUCAGAGCCGAACAGUGCCACGGAGGACGACAAGUAUUACGAUGCUCAGCCGGCAGAAUCCGGGAGCUGAUGGUGCCGCCGGCACGCCCCUGUACCUUGGGAUCGACUUCGGAACUUCAGGAGCGAGAUACGCCCUGAUCGACAGGCAAGGGGCCAUCCAUUCGGAAGGGAAACGAGCUUAUGCACCUGUCGGCGACGCCGCGGCCUGGGCGAGCUCCUGGCGAGCGGCGCUUUUCCAGCUCCUCGACGACAUCCCGCCGGCUCACCGGCCGUUCAUCUCCUCCAUCUCCAUUGACGGGACCUCGGCGACCACGCUCAUCGUCGACAGCGAGACAGGGGAGCUCCUCGCCGGCCCGUUCCUCUACAACGAGAGCUUCCCGGACGCGCUGCCCGCCGUGGAGUCGAUCGCGCCGGCGAACCACACCGUGUGCUCCGCAUCCUCCACCCUCUGCAAGCUCGUGUCGUGGUGGAACACGACUGGCGGCGCCGGCGGCGCCGGCUCGGCCGCCGUGCUGAUGCACCAGUCCGACUGGCUCCUGUGGCUCCUGCACGGCCGGUACGGCGUCUCCGACUACAACAACGCGCUCAAGGUCGGCUACGACCCGGAGGCCGACGCCUACCCGAGCUGGCUCAUGUCGCAGCCGUACGCGCCCAUGCUACCCUCUGUCAGGGCACCUGGAGCUCCCAUCGCUGUUGUCAAAGAUGACGUGUGCUCACAGUACGGGCUCUCCAAGGAAUGCGUUGUCUGCACGGGGACGACGGACAGCAUCGCGGCGUUCCUUGCAGCUGGCACCACCGAGCCGGGGAGGGCGGUGACGUCGCUGGGCUCGACGAUGGCGAUCAAGCUGGUGAGCGAGGCCCGCGUGGACGACGCGAGGUUCGGCGUGUACAGCCACCGCCUGGACGACACGUGGCUCGUCGGCGGGGCGUCCAACACCGGGGGAGCCGUGCUCCGGCAGCUCUUCACCGACGGCGAGCUGGUGGCGCUGAGCCGGCGCAUCGACCCGGCCGUCGCGUCGCCGCUCGAGUACUACCCGCUGCCGAGGAAAGGCGAGAGGUUCCCGGUCUCCGAUCCCGACAUGGCGCCGAGGUUGCAACCACGGCCCGAGAGCGACGCGGAGUACCUGCACGGCAUCCUGGAGUCGAUCGCGCGAAUCGAGGCCAAAGGGUACAACCUGCUGAGGGAGCUCGGCGCGACGGCCGUGGAGGAAGUGUUCACGGCGGGGGGAGGGGCGCAGAACGACAGGUGGACGGCGAUCCGGGAGAGGGUGCUGGGCGUGCCGGUCCGGAAGGCGGAGCAGACGGAGGCGGCGUAUGGAGCUGCGUUGCUGGCACUCAAGGGCGCAGAUCGCCGCGUAGGAGUGCCUAGCUAGCACACGUGCUAACGGAACCUGGGCAAGUGUGUCACACUAAAAUCUGGACAAUCUAUGAUGAGCUCUGUGGGUGGCAUAUGCUAGCUUGAAUGUUCUUCUCGACAAUGGCGGAGCACGCUCAAAAUUUUAGUGCUGAUGAGCUCUGUGGGUGGCAUAGCUCUGUUGGGGGCGCUCUUCCUGUGCCGACAGAUACACACUCUUGGCGCGGGAAGGAUAAGAGUAGAUAUGAUCUUCUUUUAUGGAAUAAGUCUAAUCUUAGCCAUCCAA